UUAUUCUGUUGGAGAAAAACAACACGCAGAGACUUCCAGGAUCUCCAGUGACAGACCUCAGAACCACUAACCCACUGACACAGAACUCACUCCUCACUCCACUGCUGGCUGCAGCAGCUCAGGAGCAGCACAUCUGGAAUAAACCUGCAGAAGUCUCCACCUGCGUGCGUCACAGCGCGCACUCCUCUCAUGCCUGUGCGUAAACACGCACACGCACACACACGCGCAGAGCAGUGCGCCUGUUCGGUGCCACUUUAACUCUGAGAGUCUGACCAGGAGGAGAGGAACCAGAGAGGAACCAGAGAGGCUGAGAACAUCCACACACCGUCCUGACCGCCGGACCCUUCAGAGCAGUGAUCAGACCCCCGGUGUGGUGAUUGAAGAUGAUUCCUGUGCUGAUUUGUGCGUUGAUCUCACUGAGUGUAGCCGACAACGAUUUAGACACUCUGUACCCUGAACUGGAGCACUCCAGAACCAUCUAUGUCACAGAGAACGGCCCUCGACUCUCCGUGUCGGCGGAACAAUUGAAGGUGGUGUCGAGGCGAGGAGGAAACGCCACGUUACCGUGCAGGAUCCGAAUGGACCAAUCACUGACACCCAGUCGCAAGAUGAGGAUCAAAUGGACCAAGCUGACCUCAGACUACCUGAAAGAGGUGGAUGUGUUUGUUGCCAUGGAUUAUCACAAAAGGAGUUACGGCAGUUUCCAUGGACGCGUCCACCUACAGGGCUCCUCUCCCAUGGACGCCUCUCUGGUCAUCACAGAGAUCACCCUGGAGGAUUAUGGGAGAUAUAAGUGUGAAGUUAUCGACGGGCUGGAGGAUGGAACGGUGGUGUUGUCCCUCGACCUGGAAGGUGUCGUCUUCCCUUACUUCCCCCGCCUGGGUCGCUACAACCUCAACUUCUAUGACGGUGAGCGGGCGUGUCGCGACCAGGACGCCGUCGUGGCCUCCUUCGACCAGCUGUACGAGGCAUGGCGAGGGAAGCUGGACUGGUGCAACGCCGGCUGGCUGAGCGACGGCUCGGUCCAGUAUCCCAUCACCACGCCCAGAGAGCCCUGCGGAGGCAAGAACACGGUGCCGGGCGUCCGCAACUACGGCCUGAGAGACAAAGAGAAGAACCACUACGACGUGUACUGCUUCACCUCCCACUACAAAGGUCGAUUCUACUACCUGAUCCACCCGUCUAAGCUGACCUACGACGAGGCGGUCAGGGCGUGCCAAAAAGACGGCGCUCAGAUCGCCAAGGUCGGCCAGAUGUACGCCGCCUGGAAGCUGCUGGGCUACGACCGCUGCGACGCCGGCUGGCUGGCCGACGGCAGCGUCCGCUAUCCCAUCUCCAACCCCCGCCGGCGCUGCAGCCCCACGGAGGCCGCCGUGAGGUUCAGCGGCUUCCCCGACAAAAAGCACAAGCUGUACGGCGUGUACUGCUUCAAGGGCCACAACUGAGCUGCACACACACACACACAUCAGCAUGCACACACACACACACACACACACACACAUUCAUACACUAGUGGACAGUAAAAAGAGACGGAGGUGAACUCAUUCAAACUGUGAUGCUUUAUUUCAUGGAAACCUUCAGACGUUAUUGUCAGACCUGACUUGAGGGAGAGUUUACACAUAUUUAAGGUUCAUAUUAUUUAAUCAAUGCCUUUGAAUAGAGGGGGGGGGGGGCGGGGGGGGGGGGGGGGGGAGGUUGGAUAUCAGCCAUACUGUCAUUCAAAGGACUCGUCAUAUCAGAAAGAACGACACGCCUGAACCGACUCGUGGUUGGACGGAUACUUUGGGCACUUCUUAUCAACGCUGCCAUGAAACACAGCUGGAAGAAAUCCUUUGACGCUCGUCGUCAGGUAGGAUUCACAAGCCUUCUCCCGACCAUACGUAACAAGGUGCUACUACUGGUGCUUUGUACUUCAUCACACCGUCCAGUAUUUUAUGUUUUUAUACACAAAGUGACAAACAUUUGUUUAUGUUUUCUAAGUAGAAUGUUAUUAUCUAGAAAUGUACUUUUUUUUUAUAUAUACUGUAGAAAAACAUUAUUAUUUUUUGGCCAAGUCUCUUCGGUUUACAUAAAGCGUAAAAAAAACACUCCACAGUUACUAUAAAAAGAAAUCAGAUUUUGCACUGAACAUGUAGAAGAGGCCUAAAGGAGGAGAGACGAGGCCGCGGUAGAAAACGCCUGGCAUGAGUAGAAGCAGUGCCGCUGCAGAGUCGCUCUCUGUUUGGCUUCGUCUUAGACUUCAGAGCAUGACUUCGCUUCUACGAGCACAAAGCUGUUGAUCCACACCUCCUAUAGUAUCUAUCCCGCUAGCUAGCGCCUUGAGAAAAGGCUAUUUUUGAUACAAAUACUGUAGUUUCUUAUAGAGAACGAGCGGAGCCGAGGCGGGCGCCGUCUGUGACCUUCAGCCCUCUAUGAUCCCCUACACCAACGCAAGAGAUCAAACUUGACUUUUGAAUCUGUUAUCCAGCUUGGGGUUGAAUCUUUAGGGUGCAUUCAUGAUCUCACAAACGUCUCCAUGUGACUAAAACAUAUAAAUACAUUUUGGUCCAAAGACUUAAACCAACAUCAGGUGCUGAAGUUAACACUGCAUCCGAUCAAAGAGUCUGUGAGAUCAAGAUGUCGCCACGUAAAGAAACACGUGUAGAUUUCUCUCCCGUGAGGUUUGAAUCUGUUUGUACGGAGUGCUGAGGUCACAGAUGGGUACACGCCAGGCCCUGAGCGAGCACGGUUCUCCUGGCGGCGACCGGCUCCCUGAUUGCCAUCUGAGCUCUGCAGAGACUCUGAACCGGCCGACCCAGCGGGCCGGCAGCCAAACCUGCACCGGCCCGCUGAACCAGACAGAAAUACAAUACGUUCACAACACCGGUGAUUCCUGCGUGGAGGCGCUGAGGGCUUCUACCAUGUAAGGGUAUCACAGAGGAAACGGUGCACAUUGAUCGAGGGUAAGCUCACCGUACGCGCUCCCAGCUGGCCCCGACGCCGGUUUAGGUCAUCCACUUGGUUCUGGUGUAGAGUUAGCUUUACUUGGCUCCACCUUUGACAAGCCACUGAACAACCAGACACAUCAUCACUGAAGGACUGCAGGACGGACUCAUUGAAGCGGCUCUCUGCAGUGAUCAGACGCUGGGAAGACAAACACUCGCUGAGGAGUCAGAACUAAAAGAUGUAUGCCUCUUAUUGUAAACAAACCUUGUUUAAAGUGUCAGUUUGUUAAAGGGACAGUUUGACAUUUUGGGAAGUGCAACCUCAUGGAAAGACGCGAGGAAGUCACAAAUCGUAACUCAUCCCUUACGGUCCCAUGUUCCUAUGUUCUGUUGAUAUAAACUAACAUUGUAACAGAUUGGUAUGGGCUGUCUUUACAUCUUUAGUAUCGUCAGUCCCGUGAGUCGUUAGUAUCAUCAGUCCCGUGAGUCGUUAUUAUCGUCGUUCCCGUGAGUCGUUAGUAUCAUCAAUCCCGUGAGUCGUUAGUAUCGUCAGUCCUGUAAGUCACGUGAGUCGUUAGUAUCAUCAGU